GGGGGAGGGGACAAGAGCCCCCCGGGGUCGGCGGCGUCCAAGCGCGCGCGGACGGCGUACACGAGCGCGCAGCUGGUGGAGCUGGAGAAGGAGUUCCACUUCAACCGCUACCUGUGCCGGCCGCGCCGCGUGGAGAUGGCCAACCUGCUGAACCUCAGCGAGCGGCAGAUCAAGAUCUGGUUCCAGAACCGGCGCAUGAAGUACAAGAAGGACCAGAAGGCCAAGGGCCUGGCCUCGUCGUCCGGGGGCCCCUCCCCCGCCGGCAGCCCCCCGCAGCCCAUGCAGUCCACGGCCGGCUUCAUGAACGCCUUACACCCCAUGACCCCCAGCUACGAGAGCCCGUCCCCGCCCGCCUUCGGCAAAGCCCACCAGAAUGCCUACGCUCUGCCCUCCAACUACCAGCCUCCUCUCAAGGGCUGCGGCGCCCCGCAGAAGUACCCCCCGACCCCGGCGCCCGAUUACGAGCCCCACGUCCUCCAAGCCAAUGGGGGCGCCUACGGGACGCCCACCAUGCAGGGCAGCCCCGUGUACGUGGGCGGGGGCGGCUACGCGGAUCCGCUGCCGCCCCCUGCCGGCCCCUCCCUCUACGGC